CUUGUGGAGACGGAGCAGGCAUCUACAGCUUCAAACACUGCUUUCUUUAUUGUGGAUCUAAUCUUCUGACAGGCUCCUGGAGGAUCCUGACCUCUGUCUGUAUUACCUACAAGGAAAAACCUUUUCCAGCUGAAGUUGUGAGGAGAGUUUCACUUCACUGCUUUGUGGAGUACAGAAUCCCAGCUGAGACCCUGAGGUGUCGUGUAUACAUGGAGGCUGAUUGGAGGAGGCUGUCUAUCCGAGGAGGCUCGUUCUGAGGUCACAGGUCACCAUUCCAAAACCGGCGUCGUCUGCAGCCCUGAAGGAGUGCCCUGACUUCACUCUCACAACAGUGCACAGGUCUUCCAUUCAAGAAGCCCAGACCUGCAGGAAGAGAGAGAGAGAGAAAAUAAACACAGGGAGAGAAAGACGCUCUUCAUGAAUUCCCCAAAAUCCUGAAAGACAAACACUGCGAGUUGGCUGGCUGUCCUGAGGAGCCAUUUGGACAAUAAGUAUGGCCUGGCUCUGUCUCCCAGCCUAUACUGUCCUACUGGUUGGCUUCAUUCAUACAGCUGCCUCUGAAAACGAUGUCACUCCACGCCUCACCUUCUCCUACAAUGCAAAGGAGAGGACAGCCAAACAUUUCUCAGCGAACGGGGUCUUCAACUACACCUCUCUCCUCCUCAGUAAAGAAGACAACAUGCUGUACAUCGGGGCACGGGAGAUUCUCUUUGCGCUCAACCUCACUGAUAUCAGCAGAGUCAAGCUACAAAGGAAUCUAACAUGGAGCACGCCGCAGAGGAAGAGAGACGAGUGCAGUUUCAAAGGCAAAGACUUACAGACGGAUUGCUUCAACUACAUCAAGAUUUUACUUCGGAUGAACAGCACUCAUCUGUAUGUUUGUGGCACGUACGCCUUCAGCCCCAUCUGUGCCUACAUAAGCACUGCAGACUUCUCCCUCGUCAGGAGCCAAAGCGGAGAGAUCGUUACAGAGGAUGGACGCAGCCGCUGCCCUUUCAACCCCGAGUACAAAUCCACUGCCAUCAUGGCUGAUGGAGAGCUAUAUGCCGGUACAGUCAGUAAUUUCCAAGGAAAUGAACCCAUCAUUUACAAGAGUCUAAGCCAAGGAACUGCUCUAAAAACAGAAAACUCAUUGAACUGGCUUCAAGACCCAGCCUUUGUUGGCUCUGCCUACAUACAGGAGAGCCUUCCCAAGGGCAACCUUGUGGGCGAUGAUGAUAAAAUUUACUUCUUCUUCAGUGAAGCAGGAAAGGAGUUUGAUUUUUUCGACAACACCAUUGUGUCACGCAUUGCUCGCGUGUGUAAGGGUGACAAAGGCGGGGAGAGAGUUCUUCAGAAGAAGUGGACCACCUUCCUGAAAGCCCAGCUGUUGUGCUCUUUGCCUGAUGACGGCUUCCCCUUCAACAUCAUCCAGGACAUGUUUGUGUUGACACCCAGCUCCGAGGACUGGAAGAACACGGUGUUUUAUGGAGUCUUCACGUCUCAGUGGUAUAAGGGUGCUUCAGGAAGCUCUGCAGUGUGCUCCUUCUCAAUGGACCAGGUGGAAAAGGCUUUCAAUGGACGUUACCGGGAAGUCAACAGAGAGACGCAACAGUGGUACACAUACAACCACCCAGUUCCUGAGCCUCGACCUGGAGCUUGCAUCACAAAUGCUGCCAGAGAGCAGGGCAUCCCCUCCUCCCUGCACAUGCCUGACAAGGUGCUGAAUUUUGUCAAAGAUCACUUCUUGAUGGACAGCGUGAUACGCAGCCAGCCUCUUCUGCUGAAACGCAACGUGCGCUACACACAGAUUGCUGUUCACCAAGUACAGGCCAACCAGAAGGCCUAUAACGUGCUCUUCAUUGGCACAGAUGAUGGGAGACUUCACAAAGCAAUAAAUGUUAACAACAAGAUGCAUAUCAUUGAGGAGAUUGUGCUUUUUCCUGACUCCCAACCAGUGCAGCACAUUGAACUGGACUCUGAGAAGGGUCAGCUUUAUGUUUCUUCUUUCUCUGGAUUGGUGGAGGUCCCAGUAGCUAACUGCACUAAUUAUCAGAGCUGCGGGGAGUGUGUCCUCUCCAGGGACCCGUACUGUGCCUGGACAGGGAGGCAGUGUAUGGAUAUCAGACAGGCUCCACCAGGCAAUCUCUGGCAGCAAGAUGUAGAUGAGGCAGUCACAUCGGUUAUUUGCAACAAGACAGUGCCCAGCCCACGGUUUGCUAAACCUCCACCUACUCGAAUGUCUUCAUGCCAAGUGAUCAUUAUACCAGCCAACACAUUCAAAGUACUGCCUUGUAAGCUUCGCUCCAACUUGGCAGAGAGAAGGUGGGAGUACAGCGAGAGUGCAGGUCACUUCCAUUACCCAAGCCCUGAGGGGGGGCUGGUAGUGGUAGCUCAAGCCGACAGACAGGAAACCUAUGAAUGCUGGUCAGUUGAGGAAGGCUUCAGACAACUACUGGCCAACUAUUGUGUGAGAGGAGAGGCCAAGCAGGAGAACAGUACCCUAACAGGUCGAUCACACACCCCUCAGGUGUCCCAGGAGGAGCUCAUCAUCCUGCCUGGGGAGGCCCGCUCCCCACAGAUCAACACCAAGACCUACUGGAACGAGCUGAUUGUGGUGUGUGCACUCCUUGCUUUUUCCCUGGUGGUCUUCUCCCUGUUUGUGGUCUACAGGAACCGUGACCACAUGAAGUCCAUGCUCAAAGAGGGAGAAUGUCCCAACAUACAGCAGAAGAAGCCCAGAAUAGUGGGCAAGCCAGCAGAGAACUUGCCGUUGAAUGGCAACACAGUCCCGGCAUCUGUCUCAGAUCAUAAGGGUUACCAGACCCUUAACGACAACUAUAUCUGCAGCACUCCACCACACGAGUGCUCCUCACCAGACAACAGCAAGAGUUUCUCGGAACAAGAGAAGAGGCCUCUGAACUUUAGAGAGAGCCAUGUAGAGAUUUCACCUACAUGCCCUCGGCCUCGAGUGAGACUGGGCUCUGAGAUUAAAGACUCCAUUGUGUGAGGCCAGCUUUGAUAGACUUUAUUAUGUGGAGUGACUCACUGUAAACUAAGAAGAAAGAGUGCACUUGCUGAUAAAGACAAAACAUUAAAAGAGGGGGAGAAAAACUGAAAAACAUCAAAAUCUUCAUGGAGUGACAUUUCAUUACACAGAUUUUGCACUUUGUCUUUUUGUUUUGUCCCUGUGGUCCAUGUAAAUUUCAUUCUUUUAUUAUUUUGUCACUCCCCCUUGUUCAGGUGCAUUGAAAGCACACCUAAGAAGUUCCAGAUUGCCUUUGAAGCUUUUGUACAAGGCUCACAGAGGGAAUGUAAUGAUCACAGAGGUGAUGUUGUUUUAUUGAUCAACUAUGAUUCGGUGGUGGAAUUUCAUAGCAUUGCUGCUCAGUCCGUCCAUAUGAUCUACUGGUAAUGCUCUGAAAGGCAGAGUGAUAUCUUUGUUCACAUUUACUGUUGACACAAUGUUUUUUUUUUUUUUUUUUUUUUUUUAUUACUACCAUCACGUGGUAAGAGCCUAUCCUUCACUUAGGCUAUGCAUAUAUUAGGAAGGAAAACAACCACUUCAGAAUAUACUGUAUGUCAGGUGAGGAAAAAAAAAAGUCUUUUCACAGUUUUUUCACAGUUUUUUUUUUUUUUUUUUUUUUUUUUUUUUUUAAAAAACAGUGUUCAUCCAUUGUUGCAUACCCAUUUUUAGAUUAGAAUACAACAUGACAAGUACAAAUCCAGGAUUCAGAAAGCAAGAGUUUUGCUGUCCAGUGAAAUGGACAAAAAGAGCCACUGACAAAGAGACAGAGACCGUCGGUUGUUAUAAGUGUAAAAAGCAAAAGCACAAAUGAGGGAUCAGCUCAGCGGUGACGUGUAGAAACUUUAUCACCUCGAUCUCCACACUACAUACAAAAAAAAAAAAAAAAAAAGGAAUAAGAUAUCCUCUGAAAUGAUGACUGAUACAAAUAGGCUUUUGUAGUCUUGGCCAUAUUAGUGGAUAGAAAUAUUACACUGUGUCAGUCUGAUACUCAACAGGGUUUUAGAUCACUGCUGUGAUAAAGGGAAGACCCCAUUCCAGGUAUUAUCAUGCAAUUGCUCAUGAGACAGGCGGACUAUGCAAAGAAAAUAAUGUGAAGUGAGGUGAGCACCAAGAAAAACCUCACCUUGAGACUGUGUAAGCACAAAAGUGUCAGAGCUGUGCAUUGCUGAGGAUCAGUGGCAUUGCAAACACACACACACACACACACACACACACUUAACUGUAAGUAUGCAAGUGAUUUCUAGCCAUUCUUGUGACAUUUGGUCGUGGGAGACGAUGCAUUUCUGAAAGGCUGGCAUCCUAAAACAGAUUAUAAAGGAUGAGGGUCCAGUACAAACAAUACUUUGGAUGUUAAUUUAUCUCAACAUGAUAAUAUAAUAAUUAUGUGAUGGUAGGCCAAAAGGUUGACAUUUUCCAUAUUGUGUUUUAAAUAUCCGUGACUAUUCUCAGACUGACAUAUGAGAAAGCUUUAAUUACUAUGCCUAUUCAUAAUUCUCUGGUUUUAAUGACACUUAUGACUGUAAAGUCUGGACUUAAUGUAACGGAUCUAGACAUGAACUGAUGGGGGUUCAUGAGUGGAAGAAAAUUUCCCUUUCAUUUCUAAGAACCGCAAACAGAUUGAUUGUUCAAAUGAUAUGAAAGACAACCAGAAAAGCGAUAGUUUUCAUUCUGAUGUUUAAACUGGGCAUAAUAGCUAUGUUUUAUUAUUAUCUUGAUAGGGAAUGAUUUUGAUUUCCUUAUUUAUAAAAAUAAUCAUGAUUACUUUCAUAUUCUAACCAUGCAAACCAUGUGAUCCAACAAAUGAUGAGUUCAGGUUCUUUCAACAAUGUAAGACAGCAUUUUUCAACUACUACAAUAUUAUUUAAGUCUUAUUUACAUUUUUCUCUGCAAUGAAAAAGUGGCCGGCAGAAUUACAGUUUCAUAAAAAUGACAGUAAGUGCAGGAAGGCAUGUUGUUCAACUCAGAAUGCAUUAGUUUUGCACAUAAUAUUGGAAAGCCUUAGUACAGUGCAGGUUCUGGAUUUGAUGACAAAUCUGCCUUUGGGGAAAAUGAAUAAUGCCUUCAAGAAAAAAUGUAAUAAUCAAGAGAUGUGCCUCUUGGGAUACAAAAAUUUAGUACUUUGACCCAAUAUAACCAGGUAGUAUACUGUGGAGCCAAAUGCUGUUGGUGUGACAGGAUUGGCCAUGCCCAGAAACAGUAGUGAAUAUGCUUGUCAGUGCUGUAUGAACUUAACAGGUUGUUUUUUUUGUUUGUUUGUUUUUUUUGUUUUUUGUUUUUUUGUUUUUUUAUUAUUAUUGUUCUUUUACAGUGGCUUCAGCCUCAGUCAGGGCAUACAUUUCUAUUCUUUAAAGUGUAGCACAUAAAUAUAACCACUGGCUGAUUUUUUUAAAGUAUAGAUAAGCAUAGUAUUAAAAUACAGUUCUUAUAAAUGGCGAUGCAAAAUGGCUCUGUGUGGAUUUCAAAGACUGGAUCGCCCUAAUCAGUCAUGCAGGGAAGCAGCUGAGGCAGUAUGUGAUGAAACAAACAAUUCAUCCUUUGACUGUUAAUAGACACAAACAAAUGGCAGCUCAUAGUGAAGUGGUUGUCAUUGGAACAAUAAUAAAUUUGCCAAGUGCAUAACAAAUAAACACGGUAGUGAUUUAGUAAAGUAUGUACAGGUAUUGAGCAUUAUUUUAUUUGAUUACGAGUCUAAACUAUUAUAUGGGUCAUAACCUAGAUACUCUGAAUGCCACAUUCAAUACUCAGUUGCAGUAUCAUUGUCUGUUUCCUCUUAAAGAACCACUACAGUCAAGCCUUCUAUUUGUGACAGUACAAGACUCGCUCAGAUGCUUGUCAAUAUGUAUUGUAAGUAACAAAGUUUUUAUGUAAAAUUGUUUUGUAAAUUCAGCUGCCAAUGUAAAAAAUAUUGUGAACUGUAUUUUUUUGUAUCAUACAUCACUGUUUGUUUUCUUUUUUGUAUUGUACUGUAUAUAAAAAGCACUUUAUUUUAA